UUAGGAAGCACGUAAGCUGAGCCAUGUCUGCUGCCCGGUUUCUCACGUUGCUCUUCGUAACAGUACUCUGCGGAGUGCAGGACGCAGUUUGCGAAGACUCGUCGAACAGGACAAACCUAGAGGAUGUUCACGCUUAUAGCCCCUACUCUGCAAGGACCUCAGGCCACCCGUUGAAGCACAAUUUGGCCGAAACUCGGCCACAUGUUCCCCAAGGCUGCGGAGAUGUCAUCACUAAAGAGACGAGCCCACCUGUACCUACCACAACUACAAGGGUAUUGCCAUACAGAACUAAUAUUACUCUUCAUGUCUACUUUUACUCUGCAGACCCACCUAAGGAUUACCUUCCAUACUCACAUAAUCGCUGCAUUUACAAGUUGUUGCAAUCCGGACCUCAUAUGUACCCAACGAGCUGCAAGGUACGUUGCCGGGCAGGAUGGCGUCGAACACGGCUCGUGAGACAAAGACUUCCGAAUUUCACGAAAUGCUUGAAGCUCGCCGACCAUUUUGCGGAGAGAAGUUUGGAUUCCAAGCAGUGCAUCGUGGGAUUUUGCUUACGCGGAGAGUGUAGGCAAACUAGUCGCCGAGUCAGUUGUCACGUACCUGGUGCUGGUGUCACUCCCUCAAGUAAUGCGGAGAAAUAAAGCUAACAUCAGAGCAGACGAUGAGCCGUUUCAUCUUCGCACUGCGAGGUGUUGUUUUGCGUGACCCGCUCACAGAAUAAAUAAAAUGAACCUGCAA